CACUCCUGGAGCGACGUGCGCAAUGACGUCAAAAUGGGAAAUCGAAACUGACAUGGAUUUCCCGAGUAAUGUCUAACACCUGAUCAUAAAGCACAAUAUCUGGAAAAAAGUUCAGUAUUAAAGCAGCACUGACAAACAAGCCCGUCUCAUCGUCCUGGCAUCUGAAGAGUUCGCUGAAAAACCCAAGAGAGGCCACAGGACUCGAGUACAUUGAUGGUUUGGUGUGUAUAGUCUGAUUGCAUCAUGGCCCAACCAAAACCACUCUUCGUGCCCUGGUUGUAUGAACAAAUCCAAAGUGGAAGUUAUCCUGGAGUGUGUUGGACCAAUAAAGAACAAAGACAGUUUAGCAUUCCAUGGAAGCACGCUUUAAGACAGGACUCCAACAAUGUUGAUGUCCUCAUAUUCAAGGCGUGGGCUCAGACGAGCGUCGCUGGAGAUGGCAGGAUAAACGGAGAUCCCCCUGUUUGGAAGAGAAACUUCCGUAGCGCUCUUCGUGCUAAAGGCUUCAAGAUUAUAUUUGACAGCAAGAACGAUGCCGCUAAUCCACAUAAAGUCUAUCAGUUUCCAUCUGAACCUCAUUCUGCGGCUUCAGGAUCCGAGGGCUCUCAAGAGACUGAUUUUUCACCAGAACUGUAUGUGGAGGAGAGCGACAUGUUCCCUACACAUCCACCCCAAGGUUUGGAGCAAGAUUUCACAGGACUAAACCUUCAGGAAAGUCCCUCACGAGUUCAUGAAGUUUGGAAUCCAGAUCAGUUAUAUCUGGGGCUCGAAGAACCAGUACUCUUCCAAGAAACCAGUCCAUGUCCAGAAUCCCAGUAUACUGAGAUCCAUUACCAAAUAGUGGACACUCAUGGACAAUUUUCUUCAGCUGAGGGCGCUAUCGGUGGUUUGGGGCAGAUUCCGCCAUCUGAGGGGGCGACGGCUGCGGGUCAUCAUCCUCCAGCAUAUCAACCAGAUGGUGAAGGUGUAGGUCAUCAGGGUAGCAUUCCUGCGACAAAACUGGAGACAUUUUUUCGGAUUAAGGUUCAUUACAAAGGGAAGAUUGUGAAGGAAGAGUUGGUGGAGAAUGAUGCUGGUUUCAGACUGAUGUAUCAGGGAAACAUGGACGAAUCCAUGGGCAGUGCUGAUCUACCAGUGGUCACACUACCUAUUCCUGAAGAUAUUCUGGAUCAGAUCCAGGCCAAGCAUACGAACGAAAUUCUGAAUAAUCUGGGUGGUCUGGAGAUCAGGAGAUUUGAUGGCGUGGUCUGUGGUCACCGUUGGGGAUUGAGCAGGAUCUAUUGGGGUCUAUGCAAACAUGAAAAUAGCCAAACACCCAGAGAGCUCUCCAAAAACACACCUGAAGCCGUCUACAACUUCAGAGAUUAUAUAUCAGGUUUGAUGGACUUUAUUCAGACAAGCUGCGAAUCUCCUUCUUACGCUCUUUACUUCUUUCUGGGAGAGAAGUGGCCCGACCCCAAAAUGAAGCCGUGGGAGAAGAAACUCAUCAUGAUAGAGGUUAUUCUGACUUCACUGGAGGGUUUGAAGAUGAUGGCUGUUGCAAACGGGGCGUCUUCACUGCAAUCAGUGGAGCUCCAGCUCUCUCUGGAGCAAAUGAUGGAGCUGUGUUAGAAAGAUCGGCUGUGACCGAGCAGAAAGACGUGACUGCACGCAUAUAGGGCUCCUGAAUUGCAAUUAUUUCUUAAACAGUUUACUUAGUGGUGACUCCAUGGUUAAUUGUAUUUAUUCAAGGUGCGUGGACUAAUAUUAAUGGUACAAAGUAAUUGUCAAUGAUUCUGUGGAUAAAAAUACAAAGAUGAGUUUACAAGUGGAGUCGUAUUUUAAAUGGAUGGGUUUUAUGGUUGUGUGCUAUCAUGAAAGUCUAAUAUGUUUUUUAAGUCUGUUUUUACACUACUACGGAUCUCUGAUACAAUAUUGAGUCAUGAUGAUGUCUAUUUACAGUAUUUCUUCAGUCUUUUCCUGGCCUGAAUUUCACUGUUGUUUUAUCUUUGACAGUAAUCUGAACUGAAUGUGAGCUCUUGUUCCAUUGAUGUGCCGUGUUUCUUCCUCUUUUUCAGCUGAGAUGAACUAAGGUUUACACUUAGUAUCAUGGUUUCCAGUGAUGUAAAACCUGGAAAUUUCAGGGAAUUUGAUGUGUUUUCCAGGCCUGGAAAAGCACGCAAGUUAAUAAAUCUUCAAUGUCAUGGAAAAGUCAAGAACAUUUCUAUUCUAGAAUACACAUUGUUGUAGUUACGCUCUGUUCUAAACCAUUUCAUUGGAAAGAUACUGAUUCUGAAGAGUAAAACCUGUUGGCAAGAUUUGUGAGUGAAUCAUUUGAGUUCUAUUCAAUAAAUCAACCAAAGCAGUUCACACAUCAGUUUAACAUUUAAUAUUCAGCUAUGUGGAGAGAGUUUUCACUGUGGGCGGAGCUUCUCAGUGUCACACAACAUAAAUAAAAACAAAGAAUCUCACAACCACCUGUUUAGGACACUAGAGGAUACAACUACCUUACAUUAAAUGGACACUAUGUUCACACCACUGAUUCUACAUUCACAAAAAAUAAAUGAACAUUCAAAGUAACAUUUAAAGAACACAGAGUCCUUCACAACGCAUGCAGUAAAUGCAUUGACUAAUUGAAUAAUUAUGA